CAGUACAAAAUGUACUUUCGCGGAUCAAACAUGACACGUUCGCUGGUUCGCUCGUACAGCAAACUGCCGGCGAAGAAAAGUCUCCACCAGCAGCACAAUGACUACAGCCUUCAAUUGAACCGCUGGUUCCUGAAGCCGAUUGGUAUUUGGCCCGCCUCGACCAGCACCGAGAAGAUACUAUCGCACGCUAUCCAAUUCAUCUGCUACUCACUGAUAACCUUCACAGUGAUACCUUCUGUGUUGUACAUUUUCCUCGAGGACCAAGACGUUGACAUCCGCGUGAAGGCCAUCGGACCCGUCAGCCAUUGGAUGAUGGGUAUACUAAAUUACCUGUCGCUGUUGUUACGUGGCGACGAAAUACGCCGGUGUAUCGAACACAUGGAAGUAGACUGGCAGUUGGUGAACAGAGCGGAGGAUCGUGAGGUGAUGUUGAAGAGCGCCAAGUUCGGUCGCUUCGUCGCCGGCUUCUGCGCCGUCUUCAUGCACUGCGGCGUGUUCUCGUAUAGCAUGAUGAAAGGCAUGUCGUCGUUGGUCAUCGUGAUUGACAAUCAGACCGUCACGAUACCUCGACUGCCGUGUCCGUUCUAUAGUAAUUUUCUGGACACGACGGUCAAGCUGACGAACCAAAUCGUGCUCAUGAUACAGUUUCUAUCAGGUUUCAUCGUCAACUCGAUCACAGUAGGUGCUUGCAGCUUGGCCGCGGUAUUCGCGAUGCACGCCUGCGGGCAGUUCAAUGUGCUGUUUCUGUGGUUGAACGAGUUGGUUGGCGACGACGGCGAGGAAGAACGCAAAUUGGUCGAGUAUAAACUGGCUAAUAUCGUGCAGCAUCACUUGCGUGUGCUAAGUUUUGUGUCGCGCAUCGAGCAAGUCAUGUAUCAGAUAUGUCUUGUUCAAUUGGUCGGCUGCACGUUGAACAUGUGCAUGCUCGGGUAUUAUUCCCUCACGGAAUGGAAUACGGAAGACACCAAGAAUUUAGUGACAUAUGGUAUUCUAUUUGUGUCAAUAACAUUCAACAUUUUCAUAUUUUGCUACAUCGGUGAACUUCUCAGUGAACAGUGUAAAAAAGUCGGCGAAACGGCCUAUCUAACCGAAUGGUAUCGUUUACCCCAGAAGACUGCCCUUAGUCUGGUUUUGAUUAUUUCAAGAUCUAGCGCUGUAAUUAAGAUGACCGCUGGAAAACUGAUUGAAUUAUCCUUAAUAACGUUCGGAGACGUAAUUAAAACAUCUCUUGCCUACUUAAACAUUCUUCGUACUGUCUCUCUAUGAGUUAUAAAUAUCAUACAAUUAGAAUAAAUUAGACAAAGAACCUACGCGUCAACUUCACUUAUUUCCCUCCUUUUC